AUGGAUGGUCGCUUUAAACAAAUUAGCGAUUUCUAUAUUAUUAAUUCAUCAAAAAUUACAUUUAGUAAAGAUAAAGUUGGGACCGGAAAUUUUGCUGAUGUAUAUAAAGGAACGUAUCGCAGAGGCAACGAAAAAAUAUUGGUAGCGGUGAAAAUUGUUCGAGUUGGUGGCGGUAAUGUGGAUACCGAAUUACGCUGCUUAUCAGAAUUGACGAACGAAGCAAUAAUUAUGUCAUUGCAUCAUCAUCGAUGUGUUAUUGAAUUCUACGGCAUUUCAUCCGAUAAGAUUCCAAUGAUUUUGAUGGAGUAUUGUGCAGGUGGUUCGUUGGAAUUACAUCUGCAAAAAUUUAAAGAGCGAAUUUCAACUGCAGAAAGAGUUGCAUAUAUGUUUCAAAUCUCAGAUGGUAUGCGCUAUUUGGAAAGGAAAAGAUGUGUUCAUCGAGAUUUAGCAACACGAAAUGUGCUUAUAUCCAGUACAGGAUGCUUAAAAAUCAGUGAUUUUGGUUUAAGUUUUAGUCCUGCUAUUCAAGUGCCAAAAGAUUUGAGUCAUACACAUAUUCCAAUUCGUUGGAUGGCUCCAGAAACAUUAACUCGUACACCAAUUUAUUCAUCAAAAUCAGAUAUUUGGUCAUUUGGUAUUGUUAUAUUUGAAAUAUUUAAUUGUGGAGGAAAACCAUGGCCAGAGAAACCGGUAAAAUGGAUUGCAACAAAAAUUCGAAAAGGUAUAACACCUGAAAUGCCACGACGAAUGCCACGUCUUAUUAGAGAAAUAGCUAGUGCUUGCUUCCAAUUUGAACCAGAUAAAAGACCUACCUUUAGACAGGUGAACGGUUGGAUUCUUUUGGUACAAGGUAUACGUUUUCCACCAUUACCUCCUUCUACACUAUCAGUGGCACAAUUAAAAAAUGUUAAACCAGUAAAAUUUGUGGAAAAAGAUCCGGAAGCAAUUGCGAUAGAAUUCGAUGAUGUGAAAAGCGAGCAGCAACAACCUGAUAUUGAUAACGCAGAGCCAAAAAUGAUACAAAAGCCAGAAAUAAAAGAAACUACUCCUGAAGUGAAUAAAAAUGCAUUUACAGAGGAUCAAGAGAAGUAUGCCAUUUAUAAUUUUAUUGUUACUAAUAUUUUAAGUUAA